UUUGACGCCCUAGUUGAAUCCCAGGGCAAAGACGCUAUUUUAAGACCCAGGAAGACCAUUCAAUCUGUUAAGCAACAUUACCGUGAGAUUAAACGUCGAUUUGGGCUCACCGCAGAAUACUCGACCAAGAAGUGGAGAGAUGCUGCCCCCAAGGUAUCUCACCAUCGGAAACCUUGUGUUCCUAGGAAGCGUAAACUAAGGAUGUCUCCAGAUCUCAAGAAGACCGCUAUCAAUCUUGAGGGGAUAGAUUGGUCUGCUGUCCCAAAGACACCUCCACCUUACGAAGACUAUUCAGAUGAUCCGGACGUGGGGUUCGAAGACUAA